CAGUGAAUAGAAGCAUAAAUCCUGCGGACAAUACUACCCCAACUUCAUGCACAAUUAACUGCAUUGAUGGAAGCUUCAAAUAAGCAGCAAUUCAUACAAAGUUUAUCAUCAGUGGAACAGCGAAAAUUUCCACAAGCAACACCAAUUACCCAUCAUGAACACAUAUCCCCACCGAGAGGAGAGAUAACUUCACUGCAUACUAAAUUUAAGGAUGCCGAGAAACGAUUAUCAAUCAAAAAACGAAAUAUCAAGAAAAAAAGAUUUUUUUUGUCAAGAAAAAAAUUGAGCAAUUCUUUAAAGACGGAAUAACACAUUCAGUAUACCAAAAAAAGCUGCGAAAACAAGAAAAUUAACGCACAUAUACAUACCUAUGUAGUUUGCUGACAAAUCCUACCUAUGCUCAAACUUCAAUAGAAUGUACACAGGUAAGAAAUUUUGAGAAAAGGAAGAGGUAUGCCUCCCGCAUGUGGAAAAAAUUUCAAUUUUUAUAAUAAAUUUAUUUUUAGUAUAAACGAUUAAGCUGUGUUAAGCAUACCACAAAUAUAUCCAAAGGAUUCCUCUAAGCGGUGAAAAGUCUAUGAAAUUGUGAAGCGAAUAACUAAAAAUUAAACUCUGACUUAUAAAGAUAUUUGAGAAAUACAACAAAAUGCGUUUAAUACUGAUUGCAUGCGGUACAUUUAGUCCACCAACGUUGAUGCACUUGCGUAUGUUUGAGAUUGCGAGAAAUCACCUAAUGGAGCGUGGUGCCUUUCAGGUAAUCGGUGGCAUAAUGUCACCGGUACAUGAUGCGCAACGGAAGCCAGGUUUAGUGGCAGGCACACACAGAUUGGCCAUGCUGAGAUUGGCGCUGCGCACUUCUAAUUGGAUACGAGUCUCCGAUUGGGAGUUGCAACAGCCGCAAUGGACGCCGACGGUGGACGUGCUGCAGUAUCACAAGGACUGCAUAAAUAAUGUGAUGAAAGAGAAAGUGGAAGGCAGGAGAGAUUCAGUACUGCCGGAAUGGCUCCCAGCAGAAGUUACCCAGCGGGAGGAUGAAGUUCAUGUGCGAUUUUUGGCAGGCGCGGAUUUGUUGGCGACAUUUGCCGAUACGCAGUUGUGGACCAACGAGGAGGUUGAAACAAUGUGCAGUUAUGGUUUGGUGGUCAUUUCCCGUUUUGGCUCAAACCCUGAAAAGUUUAUUUUUGAAUCAGACGUUCUCUCAAAGUAUUCUCGUAAUAUUGAGUUGGUCACAAAUUGGUCCACAAAUAAUUUGAGCUCCACUCUGGUGCGUCGUUUACUGAAACGUGGUCAGUCCGUGAAGUAUUUGCUUGAUGACGACGUUAUCGAAUAUAUAAAGAAAUUUAAUUUAUACAACUGUUAAACCAGAUCAGUGCCGUUAUCUUUCUUUUCUUUGUCCCUUUAGACUCUUAGUGGGCAUGUGUUUGAGUUUCGGCAACAGCAAAAAGUCUUCGGCAGUCCAAUUUAUGAAAUAAAGUUGUGAUCACGUAAUAUUCUCUUCGUAAAAUCUAGGAAUCUUGACUGCAGGCCCCUUUGAAGCAGUUUUGAAUUAAGCCACAAGAGAAUGUAGUGAGUUUGCCGAAAGUAGUACAAACACGUAUAUUCUUUUCUAAUACUUAGUCUUGCGCUCACGUUCGUGUAUCCUGGAGAACUUUACAAAAGAUAUGCCGAUCUUUGAUUACAAAAGACAGAUUGGGAUUUUCCGUGGAUAUUCAGCAUACAUCUAUGUUGGCAACCCUUGCCCAUAUACAUAUAAGUAUUGUAAUAUUCAAUUUCUAUGUUUAUUUUACAGUUGAAUGUUUCAUUUUCAUUUCUCUUUAAAUUGUCGCGAACUUCAUAUUAUAUACAUUAUUCCAACUGUAAAGCUUCUGCUUACUUGUUUGUGCAAUUUGUAUAUUUGCCAUUUCCCCUUCUUCGCAUAAGCAUAAGCAGGUAGGCGCAAGCUCUAAUUAGUUUGGGCUUACAUAUACUAUACACUUGUUGUUUGUAAGCUGCAGUAUGUUUUCCCUCUAUCCUAGCUGUGCUGAUCUGCACGGUAAAUGCAAGUGCCUUUGUGCAUAUAUGCCAGUGCAUAUCGUGUUUCAGUUUAUUCAUCGAUCAGCCAGGAAAGUGGAAGGACAUACUGCGGUAAGUAAUAAUCAAUAAUGUAAUUAUUUAUAAAUGUAUAUUGCCUUACAAAUUAUUAUUUAGAAGUAAACCAUUUGGAACCAUUUUGAACUAUUUGAACAUUGCUCCAUUUGAAGCCGUUCGGAAGCAAACCAAAUGCGUUAAACUCGCCCCACUUGAUCGAUGACAUAUCUUUAUUUCGCAUUCCAAUUGUUUGCCUAUUUGGUUUGUGAAUUUUAAAGAUUCAAUGGGUAAAUCACCUCGCCGCCAAACUUCAGUUAAUUCGCCAAAUAUGGAUACCGGUGCUUCUACGUCAUCAGCAUCAAAACCCAGCCAGGGUAGCAGUGCAUCAGCCGUCGUCAAUGUAGCCAGUGAUUUACCAGCCGCGCCUGCAGCCACCGGAGCCACCACUCGAUCAUCAUUAGCCGCUGCCUUUGCUCGUCAGGAAAAUGUUAUUGCGGCUCUACAAAAACGAAUCGUCAUGCUUGAGAUCAGUUUAUCGGCCUCUCAAACCCAGUCACGUGGUGAAGCGCUCAACGUGGGUACAUCCAACAACAAUGUUGCCGCCGAAGUUCCGUCGACGAUGGCAACACAAUUGCCAGCUAUUGCCAACUGUACAGUUCCGUUGUCGCAACCUACCGAUAUCCGUUAUACGCCGCCGUUAUUUGCAGCAAGUACCGCUGCUGCAAACCACAUGUACAGUUCAACUAUUUUUACGCCUUCGAUCCAUUCUAAUUCGACGACAAUGCCUACGUUUGUUAAUACAAGUGCAACAUCUACACAGUCAUCGAGUUUGCCGAGAAAAUUGCAGGAAUUGCCCGAUUUCUGUGGAAAGCCGGAAGAUUGGCCAAUAUUUUAUACGGCUUACAUAGAGUCAACUGCAAUUUAUGGAUAUAGCAAUUAUGAGAACAAUCAGCGUUUGUUAAAGUGCCUGAAAGGUUACGCACGUGAAGCGGUCAAGUCACUGCUAAUCCUCCCGGACAAUGUUGGUAAUAUAAUUGAUUUAUUAAAGUUUAGAUUUGGGCGCCCUGAGCAGUUGAUCCGCAGCCAGCUGUGUCAGGUGAAGGAAAUCGCACCUAUUUCGGAAAAUGCCAUGCUGAAAAUAAUACCGUUUGCAACAAAGGUAUGUAAUAUUUGUGUAUUUUUACAAUCUGCUCAUGGUGGUGAAUUGCAUUUGUCAAAUCCUACGUUGCUCGAUGAACUUGUAUCAAAAUUGCCUUUGAGCAAACGUGUCGAAUGGGCCAGCUUCGCAGCGCUUAUGCAGCCUCAUGCAACAGUGAAACAUUUUAGUGAUUGGCUAUCAAAAUUAGCUAAUAUAAUUUGUACGGUUUGUGAAGACCCUUAUAAGGAUUCGAAGUGCCGCAUGGUUCUACAUACAGUUGAGCCACAACGAUCAGUGAGAUGUCCAAUUUGUCAGGAGCAACACAAGGUAGCAGAGUGUGCGCGUUUUGUAGAAUAUUCAGUGCCAAGAAGAUGGGCAGAGGUGAAACGACGUCGUUUGUGUUUUGCGUGUCUCAAUAUAGGCCACUGUGCAAGCAAUUGCCAUCGACGCAGGUUAUGUUCAAUUGAUGGUUGCCGGAGAGUGCAUCAUAAACUCUUACAUGAAGUCGCGGAGAACAUUUCCAAUUCGUCAGGACAGUCAACUCCAACUUUCUCCGCUGCGAAUAUACAAGGUAAUCGUAAGCCUACAUCACCAAAUCGUUCACUCAACAGCCAGCAGACAUCACUGGAAGCAAGAUCAGCAGUUCUGAGUUGCAGUUCCACUGAAAGCAAGCUCCUCUUCCGUAUUUUACCGGUCACCGUAUACGGAAAUCACAGACGUGUUGAAACAUACGCACUGCUGGACGAAGGUUCAUCCAUCACGAUGA